UUAGGUUUUCGCUUUUACCUGUCACUCACGAAGGUACCUUUGCGCCAUAUUGAACCAAGAUCGCGGAAUGCAUUCAUUUCUUCUCCGUCGCUCUUGAUUUUUGGCUGAUGAAAAGUUUGCGAUAGCUUUCAUCUUCUCUUGGAUUUGUUGUCCAUCGUUGUCACAAACGUUGGUGCUUGUUUUGCCAUCCCAUUGGCAGUAACAAGAAGUAUUGAAAAUUGGAAAUUAUUAGCUAAUAAACGCACCCUCAGAAGCACUUGGCAAACUUACGAUUUUUCAUUUGAAGACCGUAUUAUCACAAACACGCACACAGCUACACUCGCAGCGGAACCAUCAUCGCUGUCGUCGUCGUCUUGACCGUCAUCUGGUACCAAUCGCGGAGGCACCACAACCUUCCGUCUCGUGGAACGAAGAAAGAAUCUCGCGACCAUUUCGUUUCGUAUUAUUUUGUGCCGCUAGUGAUUCCAUAGAAACCGGACAGGCAUCCUGAUAAAAACGAGCUAAUAUCUCCACUAAACACUCUGGUCGAUCCUGGAGAAUCAGUUUCGGUUAGCAUAAAGUAUCCGAAUCGGAUGUUGUAAAUUUUGGCAAACACACAUAAGAGGUGGCGCAUCAUCGUUUUAGGCACAAGUUUGUGACCGAAAGUUGGCCAAUUGUGCUACUAGGCGCGGGAUUUGAUGGAACGGGAACGAGAGCGCGAACAUGGCAUAAGCGCCGGCGGACGUGUAAAACACUCUAGGAAGCGGUCACGGAAAGGCAGCAAAAAGUCGAAAAAGAAGCGACGAAGCUCUGCGUCUGAUGUGGACGAUCUUUCCUCGGCUUCAUUCGGGGAUGACAGCAAACGGCGCACGCGAACCCGCAAGGAAGCGUAUAACGAUAGCAGUGGAGACGAAGGAGGCGACCGAUUGGACCGGACCGGGCCAUCUGGAUCCAAGUCUGGCGUAGAGUAUUCGGACGUCAGUUCCGAUGAUUUUUCCGCACCGGAGGCGGGUGAAAUUGAAACGGAUGUCACGGAUGCCGGUGGAGUAGAUGGGGGCGACACGUUGGAGGGUAACAAUGGCGAUAUGUCACCUUUAAGCCCCGUCGAGUCGGAUGACGCUGGAAGCAGGUCCACACAUAAGGUCAGCGGAAAAAAAUCACGCCACCAUCGGAGCCAUCGUAAGCAGAAGGUGCGCGACGGUGGCCGUCGUAGCAAAACCAACUCACACCGUUCCGCGUCGAAACGUUGGAGCCGCACGCCGUCCCGGAAACCGGAGGUGGACAGCAACACUCCUUCGCUGCUGGAUGACUCCGUAGGUGACACUGCGAAACGCAGAGGGAUGGCGGUAGAGAACAACAUUGCCGGUGCAGUAUCGUCGAUUAGCAGCUCCACACAAUCAUCGUGCCGUUCGAAACGGAUCAAUUCCAUUUCAUCCGAUACAUCCUCGAUGAAGUAUCGUCGUCAGAAGCGCUCUUCCAGCGUAACGCCCGACACUGGACAGCGCCACCAUUCGCAAGGUAAAAUCGACGGGGAGAAUGAUGCGCAUGCACCUGUAGGGCAUGACGACGAUGACGGCGAGGGGGAUGUUGGCGAAUGCAAUGAAGGUCUUCGCGAUGCUAACGACGAAGGUACGGGAGCUGAGGAGCUCGAGGAUGAAGAGGAUAAUGAAGAGAAUGAGGACGAAGAGGAAGAAUUGGAUGAUGCUGCUGAAGAAGAAGAUGCGUCACUGUCCAGUAGAAGGCGUCUGAAGAAGAUUCGGAAGGAGAAGAAGCACAAGAAAAAUAAAAAGUCAAAAAGACGCAAAAAGAAACAGCGCACUAAAUCCAUAUCUAGCAUCGAGACGAUCUCCGAGAGCGAAGGUUCGCUGCUGGAAUCGAUGACUCCACCAUUGAAGCAGUCCCCACUGUACGCUGUUAGUGGCGGCGGCAGUAAAUCGUACACUCCCGUUCAUAAUGACACCAGUCUUACUCCGGUGUCGCCUGGGACACCACCAUUGCUAGAGCACCACCAUUCAACUAGACACUCAUUAAAUAGUCCUUACGAUGGACAUGACGUAGUUACGCGCAGUCACAGCCCCGUUGAACGUGACCGUGAGCGAGAGCGCAAUCGAGAAAAGGACCGGGAUCGGGACCGUGACCGGGAGCGAGAACGGGAACGAGAACGCGAUCGAGAGCGGGACCGGGAUCGUGAACGAGACCGUGAUCGAGAGCGGGACCGGGAUCGUGAACGGGAUCGAAUGGCCAACACGGGAGGCAGCGGCGCAAGUAGCGGCACCAGCGCUCGCAAACUGUACGUUACGUCAUCACCUCAUACACCCCCGCCCAUCGGUCAGAAGAAGAGUUCAGCGUACCACGAUCGAUCUCUGGCACUGCCACUGUCAUCGCACCAUCACCAUGUGAGUCCAAUCGAUCUUGACAGUCCGCCGCCGCUGCGGCACAGGAGGAGCAGUAGCCACCGGGCUAACAGUAGGCGCCGCAGUCAUUCAACCGAAAGAAGGCAUAUUUCAAGGAGAACACCGUCGCCAAAUGGUCGACAUAAGCCGUAUACACCACCACCAUCAAAGCGCCGCCGUGAUCGCUCACCCCCGGAGAAGGACUAUUAUCGGAAAGAUGGACGCAGCUAUAGCAAGCGUGAAAGGGACUGGGUAGAUGAUCGAAGAGGUGGUGAAUCCCACAAGCGGUAUGUCAGCAGAACGCCAAGUCCAAGCGGCAAUAGACGAUCACGAAGGACACCCUCACCGGUUGCAUCGGGAAGCAGCAGUAGAACGAGGACAUCUAGAAAGACAGGCUACUACAGUCCAUCGCCCGACCGUGGGGUUGGAGCAGGUGGUAGCAGCAGUUACACCUCGUCUCGGACAAGGCACCGUUCGCGCAGUCCACGCCGCUCGUCGCCACCAUCCGGCUCCACCAGACGUUACUCAAGCAGUCGAUCACGUUCACCGCAGUUGCCUUCAGUGAAAAAGUUUGAUUUGCAAAAGAACAUAAGCGAUACUAGCUUCUUUGCGGAGCUUAUAAAACAUAAACACAACCAAACGGUGCAGGAGAUAUUGAAAAAGCAGGUGAAUAAUACAUCAACUUCCACCACCAAUGACACCAACAGUGCCGCCAGUGCCGUUUCCGCGCCGGAUGGCGACAGCCGUUCAGAGCACGAUUAUAAAUUUUCCACCAUCAACGAUGGUAGCAACAACAACAACAACAACGGGGCCCUUGAUGCACUUGGUUCGAAUUCGUCAAAUGGAAUCCAAGACCGAGGCCAAGAUGCGACCACAAAUCUGGCUGAUAUUCCAAUGCCACUAUCUUAUGAGCCGGGCGUACGGAAAGACCAAAUUGACGCAAGCAUGUCGGCGGAUACUCUGGACGGUAGCAGCGUGAGCAAUUGCAGUGUCCCGAUGAGUAUCAGUAGCAAUGGCGGCAAUGGUAGUUGCUUAGUUCCCGAUUCACGCAUACCUGUGAUAACAAAUAGUGGUGGCCAACAGCAUUUUCAACUGUCCUCUACCGCCACUUUCGCCAGCAGCAGCAGUAUCAGUAGUGUGGCCACUGUUGCUGCUGCCGAUAAAAAAUCUUCGGAAACCAUCGGAGACGGCAACGUCAGUGGUGGUAGUGGUGGUGGCGCAAUAUCCAAACCAAAAAGUUUAACCAAACUGCCAAUGCCUCCCGGGGUGAACGUGGCCGAGCUUGUCGGUGCUCGAACGCCCAGUCCCAGCCAGCCGAUCAGUCCCGUCGCGGCAGCUGCGAGUGCAAUGAAAAUAAUGCCCAUUCCUACUCUGACUACAACCGGCGCCGUUCCGCUGGCGAUUCUGGGAACGACUAACACUGCUGCCAUCAAUAAACAACGUAAUGAAACUUCCCAUAAGCUGUCGUCCGGCGCUUCAGUGCCGGCGACAAUGGGUUCAUCGAUCGUUAGUGCCACUGUUAGUAGUGGAAGUGUUAAGAAGGGCCUACUGAAUCUUCCCAUGCCACCGAUGGUGCCGGGAUCGGAGGAUCUGAGUGGCGAUGAAGAUAUCGGUUCACCGAUCAAUGCAUCCACCGGGCAAAAGCAUGGUUCGUCCGGGCCUUCCAAUAACAAUAAUAACAGUAGCGUUAGCAACAGGUACAAGACUGCUUCCUCUGGAGCCGGUGGAGCGUUAGCAACCGCUCAGCAAGGGGGCUCUAGGCCGCCUGCGGCCCGGCCCCGAAUCCUAACCCGACGCCAUUCGCGCAACAUGACCGCUCCGAUGUCCGCAUCGGGGGGCAAAGAUUGGGGCGAACGGUGUGUGGAAGUGUUUGACAUGCUGGAACAGAUUGGCGAAGGAACAUAUGGGCAGGUGUACAAAGCUAAAGACCAGCAGACCAACGAGCUCGUGGCGCUGAAAAAGGUGCGCCUGGAGCACGAGAAAGAAGGUUUUCCGAUAACAGCCGUGCGAGAGAUAAAAAUUUUACGUCAACUCAACCACAAGAACAUAGUCAACCUGCGAGAAAUCGUCACCGACAAGCAGGAUGCUCUGGAGUUUCGCAAAGACAAGGGCUCGUUCUACCUGGUGUUUGAGUACAUGGACCACGAUCUGAUGGGUUUGCUCGAGUCGGGUAUGGUGGAUUUCAACGAACAAAACAACGCCAGCAUCAUGCGCCAGCUGCUGGACGGAUUGAACUAUUGUCACAAGAAGAAUUUCCUACACCGCGACAUUAAAUGUUCCAACAUUCUUAUGAACAACAGGGGUGAGGUAAAACUUGCCGAUUUUGGUCUAGCGCGAUUGUACAACGCCGAUAACCGAGAACGACCAUACACGAACAAAGUCAUCACACUCUGGUAUCGACCCCCGGAGUUGCUGCUAGGCGAGGAACGCUACGGUCCAGCGAUCGAUGUUUGGAGCUGUGGGUGCAUUCUCGGCGAACUCUUCCUGAAGAAACCGCUUUUCCAGGCGAACCAGGAACCGGCCCAGCUGGAAAUGAUUUCUAGACUCUGCGGUACACCAACGCCGGCGGUUUGGCCGAACGUGAUUAAGCUGCCCCUAUUUAACACACUCAAGUCAAAAAAGCAAUAUCGCCGAAAGUUGCGAGAAGACUUCAUGUUCAUGCCCACACCUUCCCUCGACCUACUCGACAGUAUGUUGGUGCUGGAUCCAGACCGCCGAAUUACCGCAGAGGAUGCGCUCAAAUCAAGCUGGUUGAAAAACGUUAUACCAGAUCAAUUACCUCCACCGCAGCUACCAACAUGGCAGGAUUGCCAUGAGCUUUGGAGUAAAAAGCGAAGAAGACAACUUCGUGAGCAGCAGGAGUCGGCACAAAAUCUCCCUCCCGGUAAACCAUCGGGUAGCACCAUCAACAAAAUAGACGGUUUAGCAAUGCCUGGCACUCUAGGCACUGCCGGCUUAAACAUGAUGUAGUACUCGCUAGUAUCUCUCUCAUAAGACAUUGUAAUCAAGGAGUAACCGUGAAGCACUGAUAGCAGAAAACAUUUCAGCAUUCACUGAACAGUUACACUUAUUUUAACAUCUUUUACAUGGGUUACACACCAUAGCGGGCAGAAUGGUAUUCGAUACCAUGGAUUUGAAUGUGAGACUAUGUCUUUGUACAGCAGACGUGUACAGAAUAGUUGUACAGAUUUUAUGAAUAAUCAUUGUGUUGUUGCUACCAUUUAUCUCCUUUCUAUCAGCUUUCAAAAAGGGAUCCCGGUGGACCCGACUAUCUGAUCAGUGAACUGAUCACAUAAACCUUUAAAUCUUUCUUUUAUUUUGCUACCUCCCAAUCUUUACACGUAGUCAAGAAUCGAUGUGAACAUACACAUAAAUAAUGCGCAUCCAAAACAAUCCCAUGGGCUAGAUAAGAAACGUUCCGACGAGGAUCGGUUUUCCUGAGCAAGAAAGCAAGUGUUUCGUAUUGCUUUUGUAUGAUUUGUGGCAAAUAAUGAUGAGUCUGAUUUUAGGCACGUAAACACACGGGAUGUGUGAAUUGUUUUAGGAUAAACGACAAAAUAAAACAAGCAAACUAUAUCGAAAGCUAAUUGCGAUAUAAUGAUGUGGCUUACUGAUUGUUGAAUACCAUCGAUGGGAGCAAUUCGUCGAAUAAUUGUCAUUGAUCAUCAAAUUUGAAUAUGAUUGUAGCAUGCAUAAAAGACGAGAUGUUGCAAGAUAGCAAUAAUUAAUAAGUGGAUGAACGAUGGAGGUAAAAGAAUGAAUGCUAAUAGUGUGCAGUAUCAAAAAGUAUCAGGCUAAUAUUGGCAAAUAUCUUUCUUCUUUCUUCAAAAACUCAUGAAAACGGUGUAAAGAAAAUAGGACAGUGGUAGUGGUGUGUAACUUAUUAAGAAUUUAUGUGUAACGAUUGGGGAGCUAUAAUAUAUCAUAGAUUGUAAAUUUGUUAUAACAAAACAUGAAAGGAUCACUACUGAUUCAUGUAUAAUGAAAGCGAAUGGCUGCAACAUAAGGCCGACGCAAACAGUAAGACACAACAAUAGGAUAAAUUAGAAAUGCUAGAAAGAAAGUUGUCAACGUUCUUCUGAAUAUACAGAUUUAGUUCAUCUGGAACUCUUUUCUUCGCCUAGCGUAUUCUAAUACGGAACGAAACAUGAUUUUGGUACUGGAAGAACAAAACUGAGCGUGACGUUGUUGUUAUGUGACCGAAGCGUGGAUCAUGAUACAAUAAAAAGAUACCCGAAACUAU